GGGAGCAGCAUGGAGCCCACCGCCGACUCGCUGGCCACGGCCGCUGUCCGAGGCCGGGCCCAGGAGGUGCGGGAGCUGCUCCAGGCGGGGGCGCAGCCUAACGCGCCGAACCGCUACGGGCGCCGCCCGAUCCAGGUCAUGAUGAUGGGCAGCACCCCUGUGGCCGAGCUGCUGCUGCUCCAUGGCGCCGAGCCCAACUGCGCCGACCCCGUCACCCUCACCCGACCGGUGCACGACGCCGCGCGGGAAGGCUUCCUGGACACGCUGAUGGUCCUGCAUCGCGCCGGGGCACGGCUGGACGUGCGCGACGCUUGGGGUCGCCUGCCCGUGGACCUGGCUGAGGAGCGGGGUCACCGCGAUGUCGCCCGGUACCUGCGUGCGGCCGCGGGGGAGACUGAAGGCCGCGGCCAUGCCCAUGCAGAUGCCGCAGAGGGUGCAGCAGCCGGUCGCAGACAGCCCCAACUGUAAGUCUGC